GAGAACAAAACUAAUCAUAAUAAUCAUAAUCAUAAUCAUAAACAUUGAACAUUCAAGUCGUCGUAUAAAAUUUGAAACUUGAAUUCAACUGAAAUUUCACGUUUCAAGUUUAACCUGUAUGGUUCCUCCAUGAAGGAUAGAAUAGAAAUACUCUUUGUAAUUUAUAAUUGUUUUUUUCUUCUCUUCUUUUGCUGUUGAUACAUCAAAAUAUAUGAGAAGUACGUUUUCAAUUUCUUUUUCCAUCUUUAUCUCUUUUUGCUUAAUACUACGAUCAAUUCAAUAUGUUCUUGGCUUCAAUUCAUUAUUUCAUUUAUUUUUCAUUCAACAACACCACAAAUAAUCAAUAUCAAUUGUAUAAAAUGAUAUCAACACAUAGAUAUCCAUUCUAGGUUAUUCUUUGGGUUUCUUUUGUUUCUGAUAAAAAUCUUCUUAUUUCUUUUCGUUUUCUUCUGUUAGGAUGAGAUGAAAAAUAUUCAUAGGAAUCUAUCAUAAGAUCAAUGUAUCAAUUUGUUUUGCAAUGUUCAUAUUGAAAAUCGUCUAAAUCAAUUAUCUACCUGUAUUUAUCAUUCGACGAAAAAAUGGAUCAAACUUAAUCUUACUUUAUGUUAUUGGUCAUUCCAAAGCUCAAACAUCAACAUUGGCUUCGAUCAGCACUUCUACGUAGUGUACCAUUAUCUAGUAAUUAUUAAGAUUUCAAUCGAGAACGAAUCUCUAUGGGAAUCACUUGUUUAACAACGGUGUAUUCCAAAUGAUAUUAUUGAAUUAUGAAUUAGAAAAUUUUUAUCAUUAUUUUCAUAUGUGGAAGCCCAUCGAUUUGGAAUGACUGAAAACUAUCUCUCAGAAAUUAUAUUGUUGUACCCAUUUGACUUUAUUCAAGAACAAUGUCAGACAUUGAAUGAGGCAUUCGAAGAGUGGAAAAUAAUGAACAUUGGAUCGAUAGGUAUUAUCUGUAUGAUAAUUAUCGUCGAUAUCAUGUGUUUCAAGAAGAAUUCGAUGAAAUUUUAGUCCACUUCAUUAAAAAAAUGAAUCAUCCACAUCUAAUAUCAAUAAAGACGAAAGUCUAUUUCAAUGCUAAACAUCUGUUUUCUCUAAAUACUUUAUCAAAAAACAGAAGAAAAACCAGUUUGCCCACUUUUGAAAUAAAUCAUAUAAAAUUCUAGAAUAAAUAGAUUUCCGUUUGUUUUGAUACAGUGUUCGAUUCGAUAUUUUAUCACCAGAAAAUCAUUUUUGCUUCGUUUUUUUUUCUAUGCUCAUUUGAAAUUCAGUGUCUUCUAAUUCUAUCAUUUGUUUCUUGUUUAUUUCUAGAUAAGAAUGUCGUCGAUGAUCAGUAUGAUUUAUAGAAAGAAAAACUAACGGAUGGAAAUUCUCAAUGAGAAAGAAAUCAAAUAAUGGAACAUUUGCGUUAGUUAACUUGACCGUACAUACCCUAUUGAAAAUUCAAAUGACGUCACUCAUAACUAUCAUUUCAAUAUCACAUCCACAAGAAAAUAGCAAACAGAAGCAAAAAUAUUCUAGAUCCUCAAUAUGGAUCUGAUUCACAAGGGUGUUUAUGAAUAGUAUUGUCAGAAUCCUCGUCCUUGAAUACUGUUCAUUGUCGAAUCUUUUCAUAUCGGAUUGGGUGUACCUAAUACAAUCAAAGAAGAAUGUCAAGGCAAACUGUUGCCGAUUGAAUAAAGCACUCGUAUGAUUUGAAACGAUGGUGAUAAGUAGUAAUAGUGUCACGUCAUUUAUUUCAUUGACUAAAUAUGAAAUGAAUACUUAUAUAAACAUUCACAACAACAAUAACACUAUGAUUUCAAAAUCUCGAAUUCAUUGAUAGAAUGGAAAAGCAGCAUCGAACUGAACAUCUCAAUAUAUUUUAUGAAAUAUCGAACAUUAUUGAUUACAAUAACCAAAACCAACAAGACGAAGACAUGGAAUGAUAGAGACGCAUACUUUUUUUUUUCUUUCAUUUUAUUCUGAAUGAUUUUGUUAAUAUCCUAUCAUACAUUUUCUAUAGCAUACAAAAACAAAACUAAUGCUGAAUACAAACACACCAUAGAAAUACCAGACAUGAUCAAAAUAAUUCUAUGUCUUUUCUUUUUUAUUGUUGUCUAGUUUUCUAGAUUGAUUUUAUUCAUUUGCAAUAUCAAUCCAUCGAAGUAUCAGAUUAUGUUUCAUCAAGAUCAAACAUCAGGUAGGAUCCAUUGCGUUAGACUGUUCUAGUUUUGACUUCAUUUGCAUCUGAUAAAACUCCAGCAUGCACAUAUUUAUCAUGUACAUUACUAGAAUCAUCUUCGCCAUCAAACGGACGAUAUUCAAUUUUACCUUCCUAUCCCACUUCUGACAAUACGAGAGAUGUACAUUUACUAUUGACAAAUGUUCCAUGUAUGAAACCAGAAAUGAAUCUAUGAUUUGAAUAUUUUCUAUUGUUUUUUUUUAUGUUCUGUUUUGUUUUUCUAUGUUCUUCUUCGCAAUGUAGUACAUCAUCUCAAUCAAGAAGAAUUACAACGAAGAUGUACACAAGGAUAUUAUCAAUCCACAUCGAUGAGACCCAUCACUGAUCAUAAACGAAAAAUCUUUUCUUUAAGUCGUUUAUGGAAUGUCAACAGAAAUAUAUUGGAAUUUAACUUUAUGCGACUUAUGCAAUUAGCUCAAAUGUUGGCGACACACCGAAUGCAACGUUUUUCAACACAAUCAAAUCAGGAAUAUCUUCAUGAAGAUGAAUAUUCUUUGGCAUUAGAAUUUUAUCUUCAAAUUGAUGUGGAUCUCUUCUAUAUGAAGACAUGUUCCUAUCGAGGAGCACAAUCUAUCGUAGCAACAAAUGAUAAAAGUUUAUUUUGUCGAAAUGAACCACAAGUUCGCUAUGGAAUAACACCAUGUC